UCGUCUCUUUCCUGCAGGCCAUGCCGAAAAAGAUGCAAACUUUGGCGUUUUCGUUCUUCGUUCGUAUUUCGGCGUUCAAAAUUUUAAUUUUGUUCAAAAAUUGUGUUUCCUCGCCCGAAAAAUGACGAAAGUCUGUGUCGUUUGCGGCAAUAGGGCGUCCGAAACGGACCGCCAAAUAGUAGACCCACUUCAGAAGGUAACCUACCACAAAAUACCGAUAAGCGUAAGCAGGAACAAAAAAUGGCUCGAGUUUUGCUCCCUGACGAAGAAGGACAACAUAAACAACAAGUUCGUCUGCAGCGAACACUUCGAGAAGCACUAUCUGGAAAGGGAUUUGAAGUCGGAACUCUUGGACGGAGUCAAACGAAUGAUUCUGAAGAGAGAAGCUGUACCCACGAUUAAAACACCGAAAAAACUUAAACGUAGAAAAUCAGAAGACUCGGAGCAAGACCAGCACAAGAAACGGAAGGAGGAAAUCGAUAGACUUCUGAAUAGCGACUAUCCACAACCGAUUACGAAUCCUUUCCGGCAGAAGAAUACGAAGUCGUCAAGGAAUAAACUAACUUCUGGUACGUCGGAUGAUGUGGUAGAAGUAGAGAUGAGUUCGCUAUCCAGAAGACAGGAAACACGGCGUUUGAAGGAACUGGAAACUGAAAAUAAAGCUCUCAAGUUGAAAGUUGAAGAACUGGAGCAAGUUGUGGUCAAGAAGAAUGAGAAAAUCAACCUGGCCAAAACGGAAAUGGUAAAUAUAACAAUCGCACUGCAAGAACUGAAAGACAUUGAAAACCGCAAUCUAAACAUCCGCGUGAAAGAACUACUCAAAGGUCAUUACACAGAAAAUCAAAUUCGACGGGUGUUCAACAAUAAGGAGGUGAUCAGUUGGACCAAUGAGGAAAUGCAGCAGGCUUUCACGAUUCGCAUGUUCGGAUCAGAUGUGCACGAUUACGUUUGCAAAAAACUUCGACACCCUUCACCGAGUUUGAAUGAAAUGCUGCGUUGGGUUCAAAAAGUUCACCAACAAACGGGUUUCCUCAUUCCAACACUUGGCAUUCUGCAGGUACUUGGUAGCAGAAUGGAUUCCCAAGAGAGAGAAUGCAUUCUCUUGAUUGGUCGCACAAAGGUUCAUCCCAAAUACUACUACGAUCCUGUUCGGGAUCAGAUUUUCGGUAAAGAUGCAUAUUUGUACUGCAUUUGCGUGCAAAGUAUUUUCUCAGAUUGGCAUCAAAUCAUCUACAUCGAUAUCGAUUUGAUCUACUCGACGGACAUACUGAUGGCUCUGAUCAACGAGCUCCACGAAAUAGGUUUCAACGUAGCCGGGAUAACGGCAAUGUGCGACCAGGAAACUGCUGAUCUUUGGACGGAACUUGAUGUGUCCACCGAGGAGCACUUCAUUAGGCACCCGAAAACGAAAAAUCCCAUCUACAUGUUUUGCUGUCCCAUUUCGACGUUGACGGUAAUUCUGAAAAUAUUUGUCGAAGAUGGUUUGCUCGUACAAGAAGACGUUUCGGUCACGAAGGAUAUCAUCCAGAAGCUGUACGAAUCCAAUCAUCCGGAAAUCACGCAACUGCUGAGUACUACCACGUUGGACUCAUUGUUGAAUGAUUCAAACGUCUCGGAAAUGGACUCCGUUGGGGAUGUGAUUUCGGACAAUUUUGUACAGGCACUGAAGCUACUGUCGGAGGAAGGGGAAGAAUCAAUAGGUGUGGCUGCUACUCUAUUUGAGCUGAUUCGAGACUGGUAUGAUUUGCUCACGACGGAGCGGAAAACAAGCGACGAAGCGGAAGAUCUUUCCAUCACCCAUCAGGAGUACGGCAAUAACAUUGACGAGCAAAAUAUUGUUCUAGACGGCAUGUAUGACACAAUCGAAACGUUAAAAUGUUCGAGCGAACAGGCAACGUGCUUGCAACAAGCUAUACUUAUAUCGAUGAAUUCGUUGAAGAAGUUAUUCAAUGAUCUUCGACAAAUACACGAUUGUAAGUCGAUUCCUACCAGAAACUUGACGUUGUUCAAUCUCAACCGAACGUUCGAUGCUUUUCAAGAGAACAAUCCUUCCAGUAUCCAGCCAACGAGUAAAAUUCUCUUUGAACUUAGCAAAACAAUCCUCACGAGAGAUCAAUCGUCUCUGUCCAGUAAAAUUGUUGAAGAAACUCGAUUACCAGCGGUUGAAAUGGUAUACGAAGCAUCCGACGCUACCGUUGAUCCAAGCGUUGCCAACAUUUCAGAAAAACUGGCAUGCUCUAAUUUGAUCAAUUAUGUUGCCACUACUUUGCGGGAAAAGUAUGAAUACUUGGGCGAUCAAACCUUUGUGAUCGAGAGGAAGGAUAACAGCUACGUCGUUAUGCCGGAGAUGCCUACAGGAAUUGUGGAACCCUCCAAGCUAUGGAUGGAACAGGCUAGAAAGCUGGAGACUUACGUAUCCGACAUUACUUUCUACCGAAAUGAAAAUGUGGUGGAAAAUCUGGUGAAUUCUAUCUCUCGACGUCACCCCAAGAUGGGCGUUGAUAUCAUUAGGCUGUAUGUACAAAGGCGCAUAAUGAUCAAACUGAACAAUAUGAAUAGAGAUCUGGAGAUUGUUUGAAUAAGAUAAAUAAAGACUGUAAUGGAUAAUAAGUGA